AUGGCCGCAAACCACUGCGGGUCGCGGAGAGCAGCCCGGGCAGAGGCGGGCAGGGGCGACGGUGUGGCUGGUGAAGGCGCGGAAGUCGACGCGGUGCAUACGUACUCGUCCGAGGGGUACCGCGUGCUCGGGACGCGAAUCCCCGCACGGGCGCGCGUGAGGGGGCCUGUCGCUGGCGGCGGAGGAGGCGGAGGCGGGGCCGGAGGUGAGGCAUCGCCCAAGCUGGCGCUCGAGGGCGAUGUGGUAGAGGGCGCAGAUGACACGGCGGUGCCCGAGGCAGUGCUCGAGGGCGACGCGGGCGGUGUCGGGGACGAGGCGGCGGCGCCCGAGGCGGGGCUCGAGGGCACCACGUGUGAGCCCGAGGCAGUGCUCGUGGGCGUCACGGGAGGCGUCACAGCUGUAGUAGAGGUAGCGUGCGGGGCCGCUGCCGAGCCAGGGACCUCCACCAAGGUAGGGCCGCGACGCCGCGGACUGUCAGUCGCGGGAGGAGAAGUCCUCACCUGUUCCUGUGCAAAGGGAAAACAGUGCUCAUCAAAGUACACGUGCUGGGACGUGAUGACGCGGUGA